AUGGAAUUGGCUGGGUUGAGCUGUGCUCAAGCAAUUCAUAGUGUUUAUAAUAAAGGAAAAGUGCUUGUAAUAACUGGUCCAGGCAAUAAUGGAGGUGAUGGAUUUGUUUGUGCUAGACAUUUGAAACAUUUUGGUUUUACGCCAACUAUAGUUAAUCCUAAACCUUCAAAAAAUGAAUUGAUGCAGCGAUUAAUUAUUCAAACUCAACAACUUGGAAUUGAACAAUUAGAAUCAUUACCAAAAGAUUUGAGCAAUUUCAAUUUAAUUGCUGAUGCUAUAUUUGGUUUUAGUUUUAAGCCUCCUAUUAGAGAACCUUUUACACAAAUUAUUAAACAACUGGCCGAGCAAAAGGAUUUACCUAUUUUUUCUAUUGAUAUUCCAUCAGGCUGGGAUGUUGAAAAAGGACCUCCUAAAGAUGAAACACCUACAAUUAUGCCUGAUUCUCUAAUGUCUCUCACAGCCCCAAAAUUGUGUGCUAAAUAUUUUAAAGGAAGGCAUCAUUUUAUUGGUGGACGUUUUCUACCUCCAAAAAUCUCAGAAAAGCUAAAUUUGCCUGAAUAUGAAGGAUCAAGUCAAUUUAUAAAAAUUUAA